AUGUUCGCGAUCGUGGUCGCCGCUUCUGGUUUGCUCUUGCACCGGAUGAAACAGAGAUCAGAACAAGCGUCAGAUACGUUUGAUCCAGACGCCGUGCACGACGCAACCAUCGUUUCCGAGAUGGUACGAGUUGGGAGCAUGAAAUCUAUCUCCUCUUCUCAAAAUUUGUCUUCUCUUUUGAACACCUCUUCGUCUUCCUCUUCUCUGACGAGUAGCAGCGAUACGAUGAGCGACGAUACAAUACUAGAAGAAGAAGAAGAAGAACCUGAAGUGCGAUGCAGAUUUUGCUUCCAAGACGAACUGUGCGGGGAUCUCAUCGCCCCGUGCGCGUGCACUGGAAGCCAAGAAUACGUGCACUUGAAGUGUUUGCGGAUGUGGCAGAAGGUGUCUUUGCGCUCGAACGGGUGCGCCGAGAAGAAUUGCAGGGUGUGUAAGCACAAGUACAUCUUACCGUACAUUCCUUUGAAACGACGAGUCUCGUUUUACUUCUCGUUAAAAGCGAAGGAUCGAUUGAACGAGUAUACCAAGGCGUGGUGUGACGUCGUCGCGACUGCAGUCAUGCAGGCGCGCCUGCAAUCUGUGAUUUCCCCGCUUCACAUCGUUCGCCGGUCAAACUCACUCGCUGAAUUAGCGGUUCUCAUGGCCAUGUCUGAACUCCGCAUUUUUGCAAAGCGAGCGGAAACAAACGCACCGAUUAGCGCGGUACCUUCUGCUCCGUCUUCUUCUCCGAAAAUCUUCGGCGGAGAGAAGAUCAAGAAAGGAGUAAAACUUCUCGGGUGGGGGUACACGACGUUAAAUCUGUUCGUCAAAUUUCAUCACGCCGUGAACAGAUAA